AUGGAAGCUCAAAAAAGGGGAUCAGCGAAAGGAAAGCGCAAGGCCGAGAGUAAUGUGCAACAAUCAAGAGUUGGUCGAGAUGCAUUUUUUAAUUUCAUGAAAAAAGAACAACUUGAAAUGGGGAAAGGGGCCAAUGCAAAGUUGGACAGUAAGAUUGCUAACAAGUGGAGGAAAUUGAACCCUACAGAGAAGGCAACAUAUGGUGCUGCCUUGGAAGGUUCGAGUGGAAAAGUACAAGGUUCGACUGGGCAAGUAGACGACUCAGUGAAUGAGAUGGGUUUUAUCACUAGAUGCAGCCCGGACCGAUUCCAUCGUACGGUGGAAAAAUUGUCGAAUGAGAAGCGGUUAGCAAUUAAUGCUAUUGGGUUCGGUAAUAUGGCAUCAUUGUCCUGCACUCGUUUACAUCGCCAACUAUGCCAAUUUUUGAUUCAAAGGUUCAAUCUUGAUACGUCCUCUAUAGAACUGCACGACAAUGUGUUUGGAAUAGGUGCCGUUGAGUUUGGGCGUGUUAUGGGGCUUAAGAACACCGGCGAGGAUGUUCAACUGGACUGUGCUGUAGAAGAUGAAAAGGUGAAACAGUUAGUGAAGAGUUUCGGUGGAAAUGGCAAGAGAGUAUUAGUAAAGGGUUUAGCAGAACAAUUGGAAAAGUGCGAACAUGUGGAUGAGGACUUUAAAGUUCGAUUCGUGAUGUUUGCACUUGGCACUGUACUUUGCCCUACAUCUUCACCAUCAGUGAUCGGGAACUAUUUAACUUUCUUGACGAUCCCAGGGAAGAUAGAGACCAAGAACUGGGCCGACCAUGGAUUCAACUUCUUAUGUGAAGGUGUUAGGUCGUUCCAAGCGAAGAAAGUUUCAUAUGUAAAUGGGUCAUUGCUUUUUCUCCAACUAUUCUAUUUCGAUUCAAUUCUCCAUGGUGGAGUAUAUGUUGAUAAGUCUUUGGAUCCCAUUGUGUCAUGGGACAAUAAGUCGGUGUGGAAAAUGAUUAAAUGGGUUAGAAAACAAGGUGGGUUUGAUAGUCAUACCGUUCGGGUUGUUUCAAAGCACCGUCCAACGAAUGAAGUGUCCGGAGUCAACAUUGAAAGAAUUGUUGAACAAGUUGCUAUCAGAUUGGCGCCGAUAAUACAUGCGGAGGUGAAGCGAUCAGUAUUGGAACUCACCGACAAGGUAAUGAGUGAAAUGAGAUCCUUCAUGAAAGACGCAAGACAACAUCUUCAUCCGGCACAUGAAGAUGUAAAUGAAACUGAGGACGGGGCAUUGAAAAUACGAGAUCAAGGUGUUGAGAAUGUUGUGAAGAAGAAGGGUGAAGAAUGUAGCCAAUUAAAGGAGAAAGGUGCAGUUGAUGAAAAAAAUCCUUGGACGCCAUUACCGGAUGGACAGAGUUUCAGUGAACCCAAGUUGAAAAUUGGUGUGGAAAAGAGGAAGUUCACAAAAUCAGCCCGUGGUGAUCAUAGUGGCAUUAAAACACGUCGAACAGCCGAAAGGCGUCCAGGGCUUCAUUGUAGAGAGCCAUGGGUUGACCCUUCAAACGCAAAAGGAAAGGCUGUGGUAGCAAACAUCUCUCCUCAGCCAUGGUCAGCGCGAAUACCAUACUGGGCCGCUGAAAAUGAAAGUAAACUUGUGCGGAUACCCCGUGGGCAAGAUAGCCCAGAUCUACCAUUACUUGAUGGUGUCACGCAUGUCACUCCUGAAGCUGCAACCGAGCUUUUAGACCUAAUUGCUGGGUUGAAUGUUGUACUAUUUUCAACUGCAUUGGAAGCAAGUGUAGAGAUCAGGCGCCUACGGCAAGAGAUUGAGAAAUUGAAGAACACCUCGGGAACAACCAUUGCGAGUUCGGGUCUUGUUCAACACGUCGUAGAUGAUGAUGUAGAACAUGAGUUUCGCACAAAAUUUAAACAUGACAUAGGUAGAAAGGGAAAGACCAAACUUGUGAUACAAGAAGAGCAUGAAGAAGAUGAGGAAGAGGAAAAGGAGGAAGAAGAAGAGGAAGAAGAGGAAGAUGAAGAUGAAGAGGGAGAUGACGAGGAAGUUUGGAUUGAAGACGGGGCUGAGGAUGAGGAUGAGGAUGCGGAUGCGGAUGAGGACGGGGCCGCAGCUAAGGGUAAUCCGGAUGCAAAACAACACUCCACAGACCAAAAACGCAAAUGUGAGAAAAGUCUUCGUUCACGUACCCCAAAGAGAAAGAAAACCAUGUAA